UAAAAUAUAACUUUAACACAAGUUGAGAUAGAUUGCAUCUGAACACGGGAGUUGCAUCCUUCUCUUUAAGGCUAAAGGACAGGGUGGGUGGACUGAGAAUCCAUCAUUCAGGAUCUCACAUACCAUAAAAUCCAGUUUGGUGCCUCUGGGUGUGUCAACGAUUACCCAAUAACAUACCAUUUUUAAAAUUCUGUGCUGCCUUUGAUCCUGAAAGCAGCACAUCACCAUCAAGCGUGGAUAGAAAUGCAUAGGCUUUGCCUCCCAUUUAGAUAGUUUUAAUUUGUUUUUCAGAGAAACGUUCCCUGCCAAAAUAGCUAACGCCAAUGCUUAGUCAGUAGAUGAGGCGGGCAGCAGGUGCAUUUCUCGUUACUGGAUCAUUUCGAGAAAAGAAAGGACUCAUUUAGGGGCGUGGCAAGUAGGCGCGAGCUGUUGCUCGUCUGUCAAGGAGUUUCUCCUUUGAGACAUUUAGCGGAGAAGUGCUUGUGUGUGUCUGCAGCUGCCAUCCCACUGAAUACAGAAGAAGCAGAGUGGAGCCUUGUUCCAGACCCCAUGAAUUGCAUUAAAUGGAAGCAGCUGUCCCGCCUUCAGCGCAGCAUCAUCCUCUUCCUCUUUGCCUUUCUGGUUGUCUGUGGAAUCAGGACGUAUGCAAACAUGGCUGACCCAUGGAAAAGUGCAACCAGCAGAUCUUUGGAGGAGCAGAAGGCUGACCUGGAGAUCCCUGGAUUGAAUCCAGCAAAUCAGGCCAUUCUCCCGAUACCCCAGAAAGCCGAUGCCAGCCUCAGGGACUUUUCACCUCAAAAACCUCCGAAACAGAUUCCUGCCCGGCGAGGCCCUCCGAAUCUGCAGAUCCGGCCACCUUGGAGGGAGACGGAGGCCAAGUCCCAGGAAGAAGCCAUCAGAGCGGAGGGAAAUCCUGGCCAGGCAGGUCAGGUGCAUAACCUGGAUAAGCCCGUCGUUAGUUGGAGAGGAGCCGUGAUUGAGCCCAACCCGAGCCCUGAGCCGCCUUCCAAGAAAAUAAACCAUCCAGGCAGGCCUUCUGCCGUGGCAUCCGAAGACCAGAAAGAGCCAGUGGCCCUCAAUAAGCGCCAGCUGGCGGUGAUCGAAGCCUUCCGCCACGCCUGGAAAGGUUACAAGGAGUUUGCCUGGGGCCACGACGAGCUGAAGCCCAUCUCCAAGUCCUUCAACGAAUGGUUUGGCCUCGGACUGACGCUCAUCGACGCGCUGGACACCAUGUGGAUCUUGGGCUUAAAGGCAGAGUUCAAAGAAGCCCGAGAGUGGGUGGCCAAGGAGCUGGACUUCAAGAAAGACGUGGAUGUCAAUCUCUUUGAGAGCGCCAUUCGUAUCCUGGGAGGCCUGCUGAGCACUUACCACUUGUCUGGGGACAGCCUCUUCCUGGAAAAAGCAAAAGAUAUCGGGAGCAGGCUCAUGCCGGCCUUUAACACCCCUUCCAAGAUCCCCUUUUCGGACGUCAACAUUGGGAAGGGCACAGCCCACCCCCCACGCUGGACCUCUGAUAGCACUGUGGCUGAAGUGACCAGCAUCCAGUUGGAAUUCAGGGAGCUCUCGCGCCUGACCGGUGAAGAGAAAUUUAAGAACGCCGUGGACAGGGUGAUGAGACACGUCCACUCCCUCUCUGGCAAGAACGACGGCCUGGUGCCCAUGUUCAUCAACACCAACAGCGGGCAGUUCACCCAUCUCGGAGUCUACACCCUGGGGGCUCGAGCUGACAGCUACUACGAGUAUUUGCUCAAGCAGUGGAUCCAGGGAGGGAAGAAAGAGAACGAGCUCCUGGAAGACUACGUGAAGGCUGUUGAGGGCGUGAAGAUGCACCUGCUCCGGAAAUCCUAUCCCAAAAGGCUGAGCUUUGUUGGGGAACUCGCUCACGGUCGUUUCAGUGCAAAGAUGGAUCACCUGGUCUGCUUCUUGCCUGGAGUCCUGGCCCUCGGCGCUCACAACGGGCUUCCUGCAGAUCACCUGACCCUGGCGGCAGAGCUGGCAGAAACCUGCUACCAGAUGUACGUGCAGGUAGAGACCGGACUGAGCCCCGAAAUCGUCCACUUCAACACGCACCCACAAAAGGACCGGAAGGACGUGGAAAUCAAGACCGCCGAUAGGCACAACCUGCUGCGACCUGAGACGGUGGAGAGCUUCUUCUACCUUUAUCGGUUCACCGGCGAUAAGAAGUACCAGGAUUGGGGCUGGGAGAUCUUGCAGAGUUUCAAUCAAUACACCCGGGUCCCGACCGGUGGCUACACGUCCAUCGACAACGUCCAGAACCCCAGCAAUCCAGAGCCGAGAGACAAAAUGGAGAGCUUUUUCCUGGGUGAAACCCUCAAGUACUUUUUCUUGCUCUUUUCGGAUGACGUGAACUUAAUCAACUUGGACCACUACGUCUUCAACACGGAGGCCCACCCGCUCCCCAUCUGGCCAUCGGCAUAAACCGAAGCCGGGCGUCUGCCAUUCCCAGGUUCGAUCCCGUCUCGAUUCCGGGGACCUGAAGGGAGGUGUGUAGCGACAUUCCCGGAGGAAUUAUAUGUGAGGGAAGGUGGGUCUCCGGAAUCACAGCCCCCUCUCCAAAAAGGGGCACCCAAGCAAGGAACGGGCAAGCGGGCCCCUGCCAUGCCAGAUCCCGCUUGGCAAAAGCGGGGAGCGCAAGGCUCGCUUCGACCCAGGGAGUGCCUCAAAACUAGCAAGGAGGGGACCCCCGUGGAGGGCCCAGCAUUCUUCCGUUGUCUCCGAUCCACCUCUCGGCAGGAGAGGCCAGUCAGGAGGAAAGGGUGGCCUUGUUCCCAGGUAUCCAUCCCAAUGUCCCUGGGGCUGUGAGUUCCCAGGAUCAUUCCACAGCUGCAGGUGGGGGGGUGGGGAAGGGGUGAGAGCCCUCCCCUCGAAAACAGUGUUCCUGAUCCCGAAGGGCACUUGGGAGUAAUCGGGAGGAAUUUGUGCCCUGUUGCGAACUGGGGAGAAGCUGGAUGGGGUGGUAAAUAUAUACAUAUAUACAUAUAUAUAUUUUCUUAACUUAUCUGCAGCAAUGCAGGGAGAAAAAAUGUGAAAAUUUACAUUAUGAAAAAAAAAAACCCCAGAAGGUUAUCUAUGUAGGAAUUUAUAUGUGUAUAACAUGAAUAAUGUUUUGGCUCAGGUAUCCUUCCGAAAACUGCUUCCUGCAUGGGUUCCUCUUCCAGGUGGGAGGCCCCAGAGGACGGUUGACCUUUACUUUGCAAGCAUGUGGGGUGGGGUGGGGUGGCUGGAGGGCAAGGAAGCAGCGGGUCACAGGGGCUUUAUCCCCAGAGCGGAUUCUGCCUGCUAGGAUUUCUGCCACGCCUCUCGUGCUUUGAAAAGUUCCCCCUGGAAAGUUGGGCUUAAAAACCAAGCUUUUAACUAUCAGCCACAGAGGAAGCUGCUCACUAAAGGUGCAAACUCUGAUAUAUUUACACACCGAAACGUGGAACAAAGGCUCGUUUGCUUCGGCUUUCCGCUUGGUUGUGGCCUUUUUGUCUGUCUCCGAGUCAGGACAAGAGCAACCUGCAGGAUACGAGGCCAUCUCUGGCCUGGGCAGAGGCUGCCCUUUCAUCCCAGUCCUUCCUUUCUGUCUUUUCGCCCAUUCCUUCUAGCUUUCAUGGCCCUCCCUCUUCCCAAUCUCCCUCUUCGCUCAAUCUCAGCACUUUAAAGUGGGGGCAGAGAGAAGAUUCACGGGACAAUCUUCCCCCGUUUUGGUGGGACUGAUUUUUUGUAUUUGGGGACCUCUCUGUGCCCUUCGUGCUUGCUGCUGCUGCUGCCGCCUGGUGACGAUGCUCUUGCGGCUGGAACAGCUGCUUUAAAUCCCGGCCCAGCAGAGGACAGGGAGACAAACUGGCAUUGCCCCUCUCGGCUAAUGGCACAUACUAAUGGCAGCACUGGAGCUGUGGCAGGAGAAAUCCCGGCGGGAUUGUUUUCUGCGAAAGUGGUUUCAGAGGGACUGGUGAUCCCGUUUCUUUUUUGUAUGCCACGCCUGACCCAAACAAAAUGCAUGUUUCCCAACACUGUGGCCUUUGGUGCUACCUAACAGAUGGGACGGUGCAAUGACCAAGAGCCCCAAUCAAGAAAACGGUGGCUCAGAUCUCUUGGCGCACGCCUCGAACUCGGUUCCUUCUCCCCUGCAAUAUCACAAGGUCGGUGACUCUCACAAAGGGAGAGAAUCAAAUGCUUUGAACAGUUGAAGCACAAUAGUAUCGUCAUAAGAAAGAUUCCUUUCCGAUCUUCUUACUGUAACUCUGGACUUCUGAAGAACUUCACUGUCGCCACGUUCUUGUAAAUGAUCUUUUGUUUGCUGUUGUGGCCACCAAGUCCCAACUGAAUUUGGGAGUGGGGGGGGGAAGGUGGUCCUGGCUUUCGAGGGGGUGCUUGCAAGGCACUAUUAGGUAGUUUCCUGUUCCCCCCAUAUAAACAGAUCCUGGAAUUUAAAAGCCAUACUGUAAAUGCCCAGUUUUGGGAGGCCGACACUUUACGUUGAACUGGUGCCUUCCGAUUUCAAGGGGAAAGAGAGAAGGGUUGGGAUGGCCACGUCCCUGAAGGCGAGCAUUUCUUCCAGCAAGCAAAGCAUAGACCUGGGCUGCAGACCCACGAGUCUCUUUCAAACAAGCCACCUAGGACGUCUGUUUCCUGGAUCCUCCUCAGAGUUAGAUGCUGAACAGCCCCCCCACCCACCCCCAGCACAGAAUUGCUUUGCUGUUUUGUUUACCGGUGCACAACCCUGAAUUUCCACUUGCCUCGUGUUCUCCACGGAGGCCGGAAUGUCGUCCUAAUUUUGGAAAUUUCAAGAGAAAUUUGCCAUGUCAGGAAAACCUAGCUCCGUUUUCUUGCGCAGCCAAACCGGGGCACAUUCCGCGUGAUUUUCCUGCCGUCUUAUGGCCAGUUCAUCUCAUGUCUUAAGAGCAGAUGUCUUAAAUGAUCAGGCACCACUGGACAAUUGGCUGUAAACGGACCGGCAGGGAGGGAGGGUUUCUGGCUGCCAAACUUGGUAGAGAAGCUGGCUAUCGUGAGGAGCACCCUGUGUGUUCCCAUCAUUCCCUCUGGAUAAUCACUUUCAAAUUACCUUUUUUUUCCUCCCAAGAAGAGGCAGACUUGCUGAAGCCUUGUUGGUGCGAUCUGGUCAAAAGUAUCCAUAAAGUAGAAUUAAUUCCUUUUGCGAACGGUUCAAAAUGUGACUUGCCUUUUUGCAAAGGUGGGAAAAAUCUCCGAAAUGAAAGCGAAUCUUACAAGUGAUUUUGGCUGGGAAGUUAAUCUGCAAAAUUCUACUCCACCUUAAUAAACUUCCAAUUUAUUUUGAGACAUUGCA